CGUUGCUUCCGUUUGUUCUGCGUUGUGGCGGGUUUUCUGCUGUUGAGGGAAACAUGGACGUGGAGAUGAAAGAAGUUGAUGGCGAACAAAUCCAGGCAGACACGCAAGAUAAAAAGGAAGAUGUUGUCUCAAAGCCAGCGACGAGUACUUACGAACUACCCUGGGUUGAAAAAUACAGACCUAUGAAGUUGAGUGAAAUUGUUGGAAAUGAGGAAACAGUCAGCAGACUGGAGGUGUUUGCCAGGGAGGGAAAUGUACCGAACAUAAUCAUUGCUGGUCCCCCGGGCACUGGAAAAACAACAAGCAUUUUAUGUUUGGCAAGAGCUCUUCUUGGCCCAGCAAUGAAGGAUGCUGUACUUGAACUGAAUGCCUCAAAUGACAGAGGUAUUGAUGUUGUCAGAAACAAGAUAAAGAUGUUUGCCCAGCAAAAAGUUACUCUCCCCAAAGGGCGUCACAAAAUCAUUAUUCUGGAUGAAGCUGACAGCAUGACAGAUGGAGCUCAGCAGGCUCUGAGAAGAACUAUGGAGAUCUACUCUAAGACCACUAGAUUUGCCCUGGCCUGCAAUGCAUCAGACAAGAUUAUCGAGCCCAUUCAGUCCCGCUGUGCAGUGCUGCGCUACAGUAAGUUGAGGGAUGAGCAGAUCAUGAUGCGGCUGAUGGAGGUGGUGGAGAAAGAGAACCUACACACCACCAAUGAUGGUUUGGAGGCCAUUAUCUUCACUGCCCAAGGAGAUAUGAGACAGGCACUGAACAACUUGCAGUCUACAAAUUCUGGAUUUGGUUUUAUCAACAGUGAAAAUGUAUUCAAGGUAUGUGACGAGCCACACCCUUUGCUGGUAAAAAACAUGCUUGAGCACUGUGUCAACGCUAAUAUCGACGGGGCUUACAAGAUCAUUGAACAGCUUUGGUCACUUGGCUAUUCUCCUGAGGACAUAAUAGGGAACAUCUUCAGAGUGUGUAAAACCUUCCAAAUGCCAGAGUACUUGAAACUGGAGUAUAUCAAGGAGAUUGGCUACACACACAUGAAGAUAGCGGAAGGAGUAAACUCCCUUUUGCAAAUGGCUGGACUCCUAGGGCGACUCUGCAGUAAGACUGCUGCACCCGAUGCCAGCUAAAGCUUAACAUGUAUUCAAGUCUUCUUAGUCUUACUGUGCUUAACAUCUGCUAGCAAAAGCAUUUGCAGAGAUACCUGUAAAUAUUUUCAAAUAUCAUUAAUAAAAAAGUAUUACUUUUUCAGUUACUUGUCACCAGUUGCUGUGAGAUUAGUUUUGUAUUUGUUUGUUUGUUUGUUUGUUUUUUUAUGAAGGACAUUGAGAGUUUUCAGUUGAUAUAGCCCAUUUCGCUCAGCCAUGUACUCAAAAAUAAGGAAUACAGUUUUAUCUGAAACUUUUGCAGAGGAGUGUCUAAACCUCACUGCCAUGUGUUCUCAUAGAAAUAUUCAAAUCAGCUUUUGAUGGCAUAACAGAUUUUGUAUGCAACAGAAAUAUUUAUAUAUGUAUCUUUAUGUACAUAGUGGUUAAAGUUUUAACAUUUAACAUCUGUCUUAACUGGAACUAAAUUACUUAGAGUUUCUUGUCUUAAAUCAAUCACACAUUCCAAAAAUUGCAAAAUAUUCUGUUCUCAUGACUGAGAUGUAGAAGCAUCUAGUCAGAGCUGCUGUGUGAAUUGAAGUUACCUCAUGUCAUAUGCUGUAAUUGAAACAUCUGUCAAAUUAUCUGUACCUUAAAAUGUGUGUAAGCUGAAAAAACAUUUUUGAAAAGAAAGCUAAUGAAGAAAAAUCAGAAACAUG